AUGGAGUCGCCCUUUUUUGAUGCGGAGCCUCAACCCAAGGCCGCGAGCUUCAAGGGCCGACUUCAGAUGCAAGACUUCAUGUUCACCCCGACCGGCGAACCGCCCAGCAUCAGUAACGCCAGUGCUAUUACUGCCAACAACGUUUCUACAUCUCCCAGCAAUUCCCCGCGGCGGCCCCUCCGUCGUAGUCCACGAAAGCAGACUCCACUCGGCCCCGUCCCGUCCCCGAACCGAGUCACCAAGCAGACGGCCGGCGGCCGCACCAAAUCGCCAGCCCUCGAGUCCGCUUCAACAUCCAUCUCUCUCAAAGUCGAAGAAGCUGAACAAGACUUACAAGACAUCUCCAACGAACCAAGCCCAAAGCCAGAGCCAACCGCAAAACCAAAACCAAAACCAAAACGCAAACGCAAGGCCGCCGGAGGCUACGCGCCACCCUCAACAUACGCCUACCUCCCCCACCUAACCGACAUUCUCGCACCAGACCUCCUCGUCCUCUUCGUCGGCCUCAAUCCGGGCCUCCGCACCGCGGCCAUCGGCCACGUCUACGCCCACCCCUCCAACCUCUUUUGGAAACUCCUCUUCUCCUCGGGCAUCACCCCGCGCCUCUGCGCCCCGACAGAGGACCGCGACCUGCCGGCGCUGUACGGGCUGGGCAACACCAACAUUGUUGCCCGCCCGAGCCGCAACGGCGCCGAGCUCUCCAAGGCGGAGAUGGACGAGGGCGUCGGAGCCCUCGAGGAGAAGGUUCGGGGCUGCAGGCCCGAGGUUGUCUGUAUCGUGGGCAAGUCGAUCUGGGAGAGCAUCUGGCGGGUGAGGCACGGGAGGGGUAUCAAGAAGGAGGAGUUUCGGUACGGAUGGCAGGACGAGAACGAGAACAUGGGUGUCGUUGUGAAGGGGGAGCAGGAUGAGGGAAUCGAAGGAGAUGGUGUAGAGGCAUUUGAAGCGUGGGUUGGCGCCAAGGUCUUUGUUGCUACCAGCACGAGUGGUCUUGCUGCAUCGCUCCGCCCGGCUGAGAAGGAGAGGAUUUGGAGAGAGUUGGGUGUCUGGUGUGAGCGAAGACGGGCUGAAAGAGAGGCCAAAGCCGAUGCUUGA